AUGAAUGUUCUAGUGUAUAACGGACCAGGAACAACACCUGGAUCAGUGAAACAUGUUGUUGAAACGUUAAGGCAUUUCCUUGAACCAUAUUACGCUGUAAGUACAGUGACUGCCAAAACAUUGGAGACGGAACCAUGGUCUUCCAAGGCCUCAGCUGUGGUGUUUCCCGGAGGUGCUGAUCUACCCUUUGUGAAAGAAUGCAAGCCAAUCAUCCCAUUAUUGAAACAGUUCGUUUCAAAGCAAGGUGGAGUGUACAUUGGGUUCUGUGCUGGUUCUUAUUUUGGCUCUGGACGAGUGGAAUUUGCCCAGGGGAAUCCUGAAAUGGAGGUUACUGGUAGCAGGGAUUUAAAAUUCUUUAAGGGAAUAGCAAGAGGACCAGCAUUUAAUGGCUUCCAAUAUAAUAGUGAACUUGGUGCAAGAGCAGCUAAGCUAUCUUGCCUUGAUGGAUUGGAAUUCUCAACUUAUUACAAUGGUGGCCCUGUUUUUGUAGAUGCAGAUCAUUAUGAUAACGUGGAAGUAUUGGCUAGAUAUAUCGAACCAUUAGAUGUCUCAUAUACUGAUUCCAAAGAUCGUCUUAGUAUUAAAGCUCCAGCCGCCACCAUUUUAUGUACUGUUGGGAAGGGAAAAGCAUUGCUAGUCGGGGCACACCCUGAAUUUAUUCCUAAAAUGUUAAAAAGAUCUGAUGAUGCUAAAUUUAUCUCUGAUGUUGUUAACAAAUUGGAAACUCAAGAAGAAAGUAGGUUGAAAUUUAUGCAUUUUAUCUUAGCAAAAGCUGGCUUAACAUGUAAUACGAAUUGGGAAAUGAAACGAGAACCUGGUUUGACACCUAUAAUAGCCGCCACUGCUCCAGAUAAAAAUUAUAUAUUAGAAGAUUUUGAAAAUAAUAUUGCUAAACAUACUUCAAAUAUCGAAAAUAAAGCUGACCAUGUUGAAUUCAAAGACCAAAAUGAUACAUUUGACCUUUAUCUUGGGCUGGAUAAAUACGAGCAAGCCAACGCUACAUUGGUCGAUAAAGACGUCAUUGAAACUUCCAAACCAAUAAUACUGUCCAACAAGAAUGAAACUUUCUCCUUACCCAAGGCGGCGAUAUCUUUUAAUAUUCAAAAAUAUUUUGAUUUCUUGUCUCCAAAUAAUAGCAUUGGUUCCUUCCUUCUAUACGGUGAAGUCGUCACUUCCACAAGUAGCCUGUUAGAUAAUAAUAAGACUAUGUUAAGUUGCUUGCCUGAAAACACUGUUCUUCAUGUUGGAUCUGUUCAAGUUACUGGUCGUGGACGAAGUGGUAAUUCAUGGGUUAAUCCUCGAGGUGUAUGUGCUUCAACCGCCGCCAUCUCAUUGCCGCUCAAAUCACCCAAAACAGGCGAGAGUAUUUCUAUUGUCUUCGUUCAGUAUCUGUCUAUGUUGGCAUAUUGCAAAGCCAUUACAUCCUAUGCUCCUGGUUUCGAAGAUUUACCAGUAAGAAUAAAAUGGCCAAAUGAUUUGUAUGCUUUGAAACCUGAUUACUAUUACAAUAAGAAAAUGUCUCUUGUUGGAAAAUCAUUUGACCAUACCCUGGUUCCAUUAACAGAUAUUGAGCCUGCAUAUGUUAAAGUUGCGGGAUUACUUGUGAAUACAAACUUUAUAAACAACAAAUACUCGUUAUUAUUGGGAUGUGGUCUAAAUUUAACAAAUGAUGAACCAACGACCUCUUUGAAGAAAUGGGUUGACAUAUUGAACUCAGAACGUUUGGGGCUUGGUUUGGCAUGCAUUCCACGGAUCGAAGUGGAAGUUUUACUUGCAAAAUAUAUGAACUACUUACAAAUUUUAUUAGAGACUUUCAUUAAUUAUGGUGCUUCCACUAUACUUCCAGAAUAUUAUAAAUAUUGGUUACACAGUGAUCAAAUUGUUACACUAACAACAUUAGGUAACGCCCGAGCAAAAAUUUUGGGGAUUACAAAUGAUUAUGGCUUAUUAAUAGCGAAGGAGUUGAUGUCUGGAAGUGAUUCUUGCUUUACGGGUAAUGUAUAUCAUUUACAACCUGAUGGAAAUACCUUCGAUAUUUUCAAAGGUUUAAUAGCGAAAAAGGCCACUUAG